CACAGACCCACAGGCACACACACACACACACACACACACACACACACAUUAGGGGCUGUCUGACAAAAUCAGGAUAUGACAUCAUUCCCAGGAAGAGAAGCCAAACAACUUUUCUUUCUACUUAUCUCGGCUUGUGAGACUGCGUAGUGUUUUUUUUGUUGUUGUUUUUUUUUCCAUUAUGAGUUACUGAGACAAACCCUUUCUCCAGUGCCGUGAGAAUCUGUGUCUUCUCUCUGUGACCAGGAGGCAGAGAUCUUCUCCUCAACUUUCCCAUAGAUACCCACAGCAUUCCAAGCAUUCAGGUCGGGACUUGAGCCAGCAUCAUUUGAUGAAACAGAAGACAUCAUCUCAUCUUUCCUGACAGUUCUGGUGGAGAUUCUUCAAUAAGCACAAGCUGUGGAAGCAUGGCGCUGUGCCUCGGCCAAGUGUUCAGCAAAGACAAGACUUUCAGGCCUCGGAAGCGCUUCGAACCUGGCACGCAGAGGUUUGAGUUGUAUAAGAGAGCACAGGCCUCACUCAAAUCCGGGUUGGACCUCAGGAAGGUGGUUCAACUUCCUAAUGGGGAGAGCAUUAAUGACUGGAUUGCUGUGCACGUGGUGGAUUUCUUUAACCGCAUCAACCUGAUCUACGGAACAGUCAGCGAGUUCUGCUCGGAGAGAAGCUGCCCCGUCAUGUCCGGAGGCCCUCGCUAUGAAUACAGAUGGCAAGAUGGAGACCAUUACAAGAAGCCCACCAAACUCCCAGCCCUCCACUAUAUGAACCUGCUGAUGGACUGGAUUGAAUCGCUCAUCAACAACGAGAAUAUCUUUCCGACACGCGUAGGUGUCCCUUUUCCGAAGAACUUCCAGCAGGUCUGUAAAAAGAUCCUAAGUCGGCUCUUCCGUGUGUUCGUACACGUCUACAUCCACCACUUUGACAGCAUCUGCAACAUGGGAGCCGAGGCUCACGUCAACACCUGCUACAAACACUACUACUACUUCAUCUCGGAGUUUAGUCUCAUCGAUCACACGGAACUGGAACCACUGAAAGCCAUGACAGAACGGAUCUGUAACUGAAGCAGGUGGACGGUGAAAGCGUGGCCUGAUAUCCGACUGCCGAAAAGGUCAUCAUUCCUCAACAUCUGCGCGUAUCAUAUGCUGAAUGUACAUUAAUGUACAUUUGACCUUGUUGUAUUUGGAUCUUAUUCGAGUGAAUGAGGGAGUGGACUUGAUAGUUUUUUUAUGGUUAAAAUAUGCUAUAUGAGCCAGUUUUAUUACAUUUCUUAUAUUUUUAUAGACAGAUUGCAAAAGAACCUCCAAAUCCAGUAUAGGAUCAGUUUAAUGCAAAAUUCCAGGCAGUUAUUUUUCAUUCACUUGAUAUUAUAUGAACAAUCAGUGUUUAUUUUUUUUUUCAUUUACAUAUUUGACUCUUUCGAAACCUGACUCUGAAUGACACGUGUUAUCGUUUUCACGUUUGAGGAGUAAACGAACUUGCGUUCUUUGUGGCAUGUUAAACGCCUGGGUACUGAGAGCAGCUUGAAAACCCACAUUCUUAUUCUGUCUAAUGCAACAGAAUCGCCCGAGGGCUGACUGUGGCGUUUCUCUAACUUCUAUCAUCGAGUUGAUGUGAAUGCGUACUGUUCUUGGAUGAUUUUAUUUAUAAUAUCAUCUUGCAAGCACAUAUAAUAUAAAUCAUUGCACGUAAAAUGUAUUACUGGGUUUUUGUUGUUCGAAUUUUUUCGUCUGAAAGUGAAUAUUGUAUCUUUAAUACUACAGCAGCAUGCAGACCAGCCAUAAAACUCAUUCAUGCCAUUUGGCUCCAUGUAAAAAUUCACUGUAAAUAUAAAGAAAGUAUGUAAGUGUUAAAUAAAUACAUAUAGCAAUGUAUAUGCUGUGAUGCCCCACAUGAACUGGAUUUUAGUGUCCAAAGUGGGGGCUUUUGUAUUUUUACUGUAUAUAAAGUAUUUCAGACACA